AUGGCAUAUAUCUUGGUGGCAGUAGAUUAUGUCUCCAAAUGGGUUGAGGCAAUUACCUUGCCGAACAAUGAGGCAAGAAGUAUAACCGCAUUCUUGAAGAAGAACAUAUUUACUCGUUUGGAACCCCAAGGGCCAUCCUUAGUGAUGGUGGUUCUCAUUUUUGCAACAAAGCUUUUGCCGAGUUGCUCAACUGACAGGUCAAAGAAGCUGGAUGAUGCAUUGUGGGCCUAUCGAACAACAUUCAAGACAUCCAUUGGCACCUCACCUUACCGAUUGCUUUUUGGUAAGGCUUUUCACAUGCUAGUGGAACUUGAAUACAAAGCCAUGUGGGCAUUGAAAAAGUUAAAUCUUGACUGGACCGAAGCUGCUAAUUUAAGGAUGACACAACUCAACGAGAUGGAAGAGUUCUAUUUCCAUGCAAACGAGAAUUCAACCAUGUAUAAAGAAAGAAUGAAGUUUGUUCAUGACAAGAAGAUUUUGAAGCGGGAAUUCAAAUAUAGUGACUUGGUCUUACUCUUCAACUCAAGAUUGAAGUUCUUUCCGGGCAAACUCAAAUCCAAAUGGCCUGGCCCGUUCAAAGUUGUGAGUGUGUCUUCCUAUGGCACUAUUGAAUUAGAAUCCGAGGACGGGACUCGAACUUUCAAAGUAAAUGGCCAAAGGGUAAAGAAUUACCUCGGAACCAUUGGAGAAAGGCAAUUGGUAGAACGAUUCGCAAUCAAGGAUGGUCAUGUACCAAUCCCCACCACUGAUUAG